AUGUCAACGAAGGCGUUAAUUGUAGCAGGAGAAAAACCUCUUGAACAAAUUAACAACGUAUCUACUCGUAUACGUGUUCCCAUGAAGAGGUCUGGCAUUGGAUCUAGAGGUAAAAGGAUUCCACUUCUUACUAACCAUUUCAAGGUGGGAGUGAACAAAUAUACAGAUGACUUUUACCACUAUAGUAUUGCAAUGCAAUAUGAUGACGGAACUCCAGUUGAAGGAAAAGGCAUUCGAUGCAAAGUUCUUGAUAAAAUUAAAGAGAUAUACGGCAUGGAGCUGGCAAACAAAGAAUUUGCGUAUGAUGGAGAGAAAAGCUUGUUUACUGUUGGUCAACUCCCUCAUAAAAGACUUGAUUUCAUGAUCGUAUUGGAUGACAUGUCAUUGAGCAGGUCUGGGGGAUCCCGACGCGGUUACUUUUUAGAAGAGAGGGAGGGUGAUAGGAAGAGAGUAAAGCAGUCAUUUGGUUCCAAAACAAUAAAGGUGCAGUUCAACUUUGCUGCUAUAAUCCCAAUGCAAGCAAUUGCGAAUGCCUUACGAGGUCAGGACUCUGACCAUUUUCAGGAAGCAGUUAGAGUUCUUGACAUCAUUCUUAGGCAGAAUGCAGCAAAGCAGGGUUGUCUCCUUGUUCGGCAGUCAUUCUUCCAUAACAAGCCGAGGAGCUUUAUAGAGCUGGGAGGAGGGGUGUUAGGCUGUAGGGGUUUACAUUCAAGCUUCCGGGCCACCCAAGGUGGCCUAUGUCUGAAUAUGGAUGUAUCCACUACAAUGAUUCUAAAACCUGGUCCUGUUGUGAAUUUCCUCAUCGAGAACCAAAAUGUCAAAACUCCUUACCAGAUUGAUUGGACUAAGGCUAAGAGGAUGCUUAAAAAUCUGAAGAUUGUGACCUAUGCCUCCAAGAAGGAGUACAAAAUCACUGGAUUGAGUGAUAAACCCUGCAGACAGCAGACCUUCUUUUUGAAAUCAAAAAAAGGACAGAAUGGAGAUGGAGUAGAGAUCACAGUGUGUGAAUACUUUGCUCAGUAUAAGCAGAUGCAGUUACGCGAUUCAGCAGAUUUUCCAUGCAUAAAUGUUGGAAAGCCAAAGAAACCAUCCUACUUUCCUCUUGAGCUUUGUGACUUGGUUUCUUUGCAACGCUAUACCAAGUCAUUGUCCAAUAUCCAAAGGGCUUCACUAGUGGAGAAGUCUAGGCAGAAGCCCCAGGAGCGAAUGUCAACUUUGCGUGAUGCACUGAGGAGUAGCAAGUAUGAGGCUGACGUGAUGCUUCGUUCUGCUGGAAUAUCGAUUGGUACAGAACUCAUGCAGGUUGAAGGUCGUGUGUUGUCAGCCCCAAAUUUGAAAGUGGGAAAUGGAGAUGUCAUUUUUCCUAGGAAUGGGAGAUGGAAUUUCAACAAUAAAAAACUAGUAGAUCCUGUAAAACUAGAACGCUGGGCUGUUGUGAAUUUCUCUGCUCGCUGUGACAUUCGGUACCUGGUUGACACUAUGAUAAAGUGUGGAGAUAUGAAAGGAAUUUCCAUCAAGCCUCCAUUUGGUGUGUUUGAAGAGAGUAUUCAGAACAGACGUCAGUCAGCUCCGGUUAGAGUAGAAAAGAUGUUUGAAUACAUUAAGCCCAAACUUCCAGGACCACCACAGUUUUUGUUGUGCAUUCUCCCAGAGAGGAAGAAUUCUGAGAUAUAUGGUCCAUGGAAAAGGAAAAACCUUUCAGACAUUGGGAUUGCAACGCAGUGCAUUGCACCUACGAAGGUGAACGAUCAAUACAUCACUAACGUGCUCCUGAAAAUUAAUGCAAAGCUAGGUGGAAUGAACUCCUUGCUAACUAUGGAGCAUUCUCCUUCUCUACCUUUGGUUUCCAAGUCCCCUACUCUGAUAUUAGGGAUGGAUGUGUCACAUGGCUCACCUGGGCAGUCAAAUAUGCCUUCUAUUGCAGCAGUGGUCAGUUCUAGGCACUGGCCUUGGAUUUCUCGUUACCGAGCUGCAGUUCGUACUCAGUCACCAAAAGUAGAAAUGGUUGCCAAUCUGUUCAAGCCUGUGUCUGAUAAAGAGGACCAAGGCAUAGUCAAAGAACUUUUGCUAGACUUUUAUAAUACUUCAAACUACAGGAAACCGGAGCAGAUUAUUAUCUUCAGGGAUGGAGUGAGUGAAUCACAGUUCAACCAAGUCUUGAAUCUGGAAUUGGAUCAGAUUAUUAAGGCCUGCAAGUUCAUUGACGAGAGCUGGUCGCCAAAGUUCAUGGUUAUUAUUGCACAAAAGAGACAUCACACAAAAUUCUUUCAGGCUGGUGGUUCUUCUGAUAAUGUUCCACCUGGGACUAUCGUUGACAACAAAGUCUGUGAUCCAAGAAACAAUGAUUUCUACUUGUGUUCUCAUGCUGGGAUGAUUGGAACAAGUCGGCCUACUCAUUAUCAUGUUCUAUAUGAUGAACUUGGCUUUUCAGCAGAUGACUUGCAAGACCUAGUUCAUUCUUUGUCGUAUGUUUAUCAAAGGAGCACGACGGCCGUAUCUCUAGUUGCUCCAAUAUGCUAUGCCCAUCUAGCAGCAGCACAGAUGAGUCAGUUCAUUAGGUUUGAUGAAAUGUCAGAGACUGCCUCAAGCCAAGGUAGUGUUACUGUUGCUGGAGAUGUGCCAGUGCAAGAAUUACCCAGGCUACAUAAAAAUGUCGUCAACUCCAUGUUCUUCUGUUGA